ACCCAAAGGCCCUAGCAAACCUUUCAUUUGUACAUUUACAUUUCUUCUUCUUCACUUAGCGGCUCCUUCAGAGAGAGAGAGAGAGAGAGGAAGCUCCAAUAAUAAGGUAAAAAGAAUGGUGUCCGGAUCAGGGGUAUGCAUGAAGAAAGUGGUGGUGGAUGCCCGCCACCACAUGUUGGGACGGUUGGCUUCAAUUGUGGCCAAGGAGCUGCUCAAUGGCCAGAAAGUUGUCGUAGUCAGAUGCGAGGAAAUUUGCAUGUCGGGCGGACUCGUUCGCCAGAAGAUGAAGUACAUGAGAUUCCUACGGAAACGCAUGAACACCAAGCCUUCUCAUGGUCCCAUCCACUUCCGUGCCCCCGCCAAGAUCUUCUGGCGCACCGUUCGUGGAAUGAUACCACAUAAGACUAAGCGUGGCGCGGCUGCCCUUGCUCGUUUGAAGGCUUAUGAGGGUAUUCCCACCCCAUAUGACAAGAUUAAGAGGAUGGUCAUCCCUGAUGCUCUUAAGGUCCUGAGGCUUCAGAAGGGGCACAAGUACUGCUUGUUGGGCCGCUUGUCAUCAGAGGUCGGAUGGAACCAUUACGACACCAUCAGGGAGCUGGAGAAGAAGAGGAAGGAGAGAGCUCAGGUUGCAUAUGAGAGGAAGAAGCAGCUGAACAAGCUUAGGGUAAAGGCUGAGAAGGUUGCAGAGGAGAAACUUGGCUCUCAACUAGACAUCCUUGCCCCUGAGUUGGGAAGUUGGGGACCAAAACUGUAGUUUUAUUGGUGUUGAAGGAAGGGGAGACGAACUAUAAAAGUAUGAACAACCAAAGCUAUUUACAGCUUGAUCACAAUUGGCAAAACAGGAUCUAUUCAAUACUGCCAUAACAGAUAUAACAGGUGCCAGCAAACGUUCUUGAAAAAUCAAGUGGAAAAAUUUUGCUAUUUAUAUCUCAGACUGGAAAGAAUUAGUUCACAUUUUAAUGGGAAAUAUUGAUUGUAAAGGUUCCUGAAAGCACUGUUCGUCUAUAGAUUAACUGCAAGUGUCAUAUUGAAGUGUCAAUUGUUAGAGUUUGGUAUCACCAAUUGUUUGACAUCAACUCAAUUUGUAUGCCUUAUUUGAUAUUAUGCCCAUUCAAAAUUUGUCAAUUAGAUAUA